ACAAACUUUUUUAUAUAUAGGCGUUUCGUUUUCAUUUUUAACGAUUCUUUAACCCUCGUGACAGUCUUUAUUAUAUUCGUACUUUAAAAAAUUACGGCCUCUUUGACUGGAAGAAUUAAGUGAAAUCGAAAGUUUCCUUCUCGGAGAAUGGCAGAGAAUUCCAGGAAACGCCGCCGGCUGGACCCGGUUGAAAUUUGUCAGCAGGCGUACGAUGUGAUUCGAAACUUUAAAAAAGAAGACGGAGCGUUGCUGUGCGAUGCUCUGAUCAGAGCUCCUAAGAGAAGGCAAGAGCCUGCUUAUUAUGAUGUGGUUUCCAACCCAAUUGAUCUGUUGAGAAUUCAACAGAAGAUUCGAACAGAUGAAUAUGAAGACUUGGAUCAAAUGACUGUUGACAUUGAACUUCUGGUUAAAAAUGCCAAAACAUUUUACCCAGAACAAUCAACUGAGUAUCAAGAUGCAUGUACUUUAUGGGAUUUGUAUCAGAAGACUGUUGAUAAGAUCAAUGAAAGUGAAAGGGCAGAUGAAGUACCGGAAGUCAAGCCAAAAGAGAGGAUUGUUUUGAAGGUGGGAAGGCCCCCCAAGAAGCCUGCCAAUUCUUCUCCCAUGGAUUCAGACGAUGCAGAAUCUGAAGAGUCAAGGGAUAAUUUUUCUUCGUCUUCUUCACAGCAUUUAAUUGACGACGAUAAUGUUUAUGAAGAACUGUUUGCUGGUGUUAUGAAUGCCACUUCUGCAGAUGGAGGGAGAUUGCUUCAUUCAGUUUUUCAGCUACUGCCAUCAAGAAAGUUGUAUCCUGAUUAUUACCAAGUGAUUGAAAAUCCAAUUGACCUGAAACAAAUAGCCACAAAGAUUCAAGCCAAUGAAUAUGCUAACCUUAAUGAGAUGGAGAAAGAUUUAAUCCUUCUUACAAAAAAUGCUUGCAGUUAUAAUGAACCCGGCUCCCAGAUUUAUAAGGAUGCCAAAUUGCUUCGGAAAAUAGUAGCUUCACGCAAAUCUGAAAUUGAACAUUCUCGUCAUACGGGAGGGAAGACCAGUGAAAGGAUUAGAAGUAAGCGUGCCAGGGCAGCCCAGUCAUUGUCUUCAAUUACGGCUGCUCUUCAAUACGACGACUCUAGCGACGGAAUAGGCGAUGUCUCGAAAUCAUCAGAUGUUUCCGUCAAAGAUGAAAUUGAUGAAGAUGGGGAAUUUGCUGGUUCGCAUGUUCGACCAGAUGACGCAGAUUCAAGCCCUCUUUGGCAAUUAUAUGAUACUAUUCAUAACUAUACCGACAAUCAAGGAAACGUACUCUGCGAACCAUUUUUGAAGCUGCCUUCUCGUCGGCGUUAUGCCGACUACUACCAGGAGAUUAAAAAUCCCAUUUCAUUGAGUCGUAUACGAUCGAAGUUGGCCCGUGAAGACUAUGGGAAUCUCAGUGAUCUUUCUAGUGAUUUAAGUUUGAUGUUCGAAAACGCAAAACGGUAUAAUCGACCUGAUUCUAAGCUAUACAAAGACGCUGUUAAGUUGCAACGUGUGAUGCAGGCAAAAGUCCAGGAGCUUCUCGCUGACGAUGAGAGUUCGGACGGAGGAGAUAUUGAAUUCACACCCAAACGUCCAAAAGGCCGUCCUCGCCUCAACGCUACAUUACCAAAAGUUACAGCGAAAGCUCGCAGUGAUGUAGAUAAUCUACUUCGUAAACGAUUGCGUCUCCUUUACCGCUGCUUGAUGGACUAUGUUCCUUCGGAAGACGGACGACAACCCAUCCUGGUGUUUAUGGAGAAACCUUCUAAAAAAUUGUAUCCCGACUAUUACCGUGUGAUUGCGGAACCUAUUGACAUGGUCACCAUCGAUUCCAACAUAAAAAAUGAUAGAUAUACGUGUGAAGAAGAAUUGUUAGACGAUCUUCGUUUAAUGUUCAAUAACUGCCGUCAGUACAAUGAAGAAGGCUCUGUCAUCUAUGAAGAUGCAAAUAUGCUAGAACGUGUCCUUUUAGAUAAAGCCAGAGAACUUGGGCUUGCUUCGGCGGCUUCUGCUAAGCCCAAAAGGCGCAGUCGGGGUCCCAACCUGCAACAGAAACUGAAAGCGCUCUAUGAAGCCAUCAAAGAACAUAGAGAUGUGAAAGGGAGACAGCUUGCUACCAUUUUCGUCAAACUUCCCUCAAAGACGGAAUACCCUGACUAUUACGAAGUGAUCAAAAAGCCUAUAGAUUUAGAAAAAAUUGGACAAAAAGUAAAAGCUUCGCACUACGAAAAUGUGGAAGAGCUUUUGGCGGACAUUGUGUUAAUGUUCGACAACGCAUGUCGAUACAACGAACCCGACUCACAAAUCUAUAAAGACGCACUUACUUUGCAACGAGUAGCAUUGCAAACCAAGAUUCAACUGUGUGAGGAUGAAGGCUUGGUUCCUGAUGUCCGCGCUGCCGUCCAGGAAUUAUUUACAUCCUUGUUUACAGCAGUUUACAACCAUCAAGAUGAAGAAGGGCGGUGUUAUACUGAUUCCCUGGCAGAGCUACCAGAACACGAUGAAGUUGACGGGAAAAAGAUUCGUUCGAUAUCUUUGGAUUUGAUAAAGCGUCGCCUUGAUAAAGGACUGUAUCGUAGACUAGAUGCAUUCCAGGAGGAUGUCUUUCUGUGCUUUGAGCGGGCACGAAAACUGUCGCGAACUGAUUCUCAAGUUUUUGAGGACUCAGUUGAACUUCAAUCUCAUUUUAUCAAACAAAGGGACGAAUUAUGUCGGCACGGAGAUGUUCUCUCUUCGCCCGCCCUUGCAUACGAUCUCAAACAACUUACAAUGGCUGUUGAUAUUAUAAGACAAGAAAAACUUCUUAAAGAACAACCCGAAGAAGAUUUGGAAAAUAAGGAUGCCGUUGCACCAGCUGUUGCUGUGUCUGAUGGCUUAGAAUUGAGCUUCAAUCAAGAAACGUAUCACGUUGGAGACGUUGUUUAUGUUGAAGCCACAGAGAGAAAUAUGGAAAAUCAUGUCUACUUGAUCGAACGUCUGUGGACGGCAAAUGACGGGCAACAAAUGUUUAUGGGCAAUUGGUUCUGUCGACCCAAUGAAACUUUUCAUUUGGCAUCUAGAAAGUUUCUUGAACAGGAGCUGUUUAAAAGUGACAUGCGCUCUGCCCACCCCUUGAGUCAAAUCCGUGGACGAUGCUGUGUACUCAAUGUCAAAGAAUAUUUCAAGUCGAAGCCGGAAGGAUUUGCCGACAAAGACAUUUACGUCUGUGAAUCACGGUACUCGACCAAAGCUAGGAUGUUCAAAAAAAUCAAGGUGUGGACCAACUUACAAACACCAGGCGUCACGUUAAUUCCCCGCGAGCAGCCUCUAGAACCCAAACGCGUUGUGUCAGUAUUUCGCGAUCGCAUCGAAAAACACAAAGAGGAACUUGCAGAGUUGGGCGAGGUAGAAAAAUUACCAGAGAAGGAACUCAUUAACGUUGCUGUACCGGCAGCCGCGCCCAUUGACGGAUCCUCGGCACCUCCCGCUCAACCAGGAAUGAAUUACUACCAACAGUUGAACAUACCUGGUCACACAUUACGGACUGGUGACUGUGUCUAUGUCCGAGCGGAAAAUGGCAAGCAGCUGAUCGCACAAAUCGAUUCUAUGUGGAUUGAUUCUGAGAAUGUUGCAUUUUUCCAUGGCCCUUGGUAUGUCACACCAGCCGAGAUUUCAACCCAGAUAGUUGGUCGUGUAUUCUACCGCCAAGAAGUUUUCCUCAGCUCUAUUGAAGAUACCAACCCACUGAUGAGCGUCGUAGGAAAAUGCACCGUCCUCGAUUUCAAUGAUUACACAACAUGUCGCCCCACAGAACUGGCGGAAAGUGAUAUCUUUCUAUGCGAAUCGCUCUAUGAAGAGUCGCGUCGCCAAAUCAAGAAACUUCCUCGUGACGGUCUUAAAAAGUAUAACCACAACCCUUCUGUAAUACGUGAUGAAAUUUACUUCUUUCGUCGCCCCAUACAGCCUCAAAGAGAAUCCUCAUCUUUAAUGGCCAAACUUGGAGCCGGAGAUGAACUAACGGAAGAUUCGAUGGAUGGAGCUCCACCGUCGGUGGGUUCGGACAGCUGCCCAUCGUCAUUACCUCAAACGCCAUCUUCGGUUUCUCUCGGUACCCCGUCCACGGUUAAAAAACCAAUCAAAAUAUUUCAGAAGCGUAUGGUUACUGGCUACAUCAUCUACUCUGGUGAAGUGCGGAAAAACUUCGCAGCCAAAAACCCAGAUGCAACUUUCGGCGAGGUUAGCCGACUCGUUGGCAACGAGUGGCGAAAUUUGCCUGCGCACGUCAAAUCCGAGUACGAAGAGCGAUCACAGCGAAUCAACGAAGAAACAGCAGCGGAGAUGGCUCGGAACGGUGCAGAUAAUCCUCCGGUAGCUAGUUCAGCUUCGGGAGAAGUUGUUCCGCAAGGCGACGUAAUUUUUGAAUGCUUCUGGAAAAAGUGUGAAUGGCAAGGUGAAGAAAUUAGCGAGCUUACUGAACAUCUGCUUUCAGAGCCUCACGGACACGUGUUAACAACUAUAAACCCAAACGACAGCGAAUUUCAGUGCAUGUGGCGCGGAUGCAGCCGAAUUCGCAAAGGUGUACCACCAUUCCCAAAAAUGGAGCGGCUUUUACGACAUGUUAGGGAGAUUCAUAUUGUUAAAAAUCAAGGACGCAUUGUGUCGCCUAAUGACCGCAACAAAAGUUUCAGCAGUGCCAAAAAAGUAAUUCGUCCUAAUACUACUCCUAGUUCUACUCAAGCCAUCGUCUCGGCACUCAGCAGCACUCCUAGUUCAACGAACGUUACCUUACAAGUAUCGUCUAAUUCAGUUGUUCAAUCAAGUGGUCACCAAAUCCAAAGUGUCACCCAGCAAUCGCGGCCGGUCGCUGGUGAACCUAUUUUCGUAGCUGUUCCACCAAAACCACAGAGACUCUUGCAUUCAGAAGCCUACAUAAAAUACAUUGAAGGACUGCACAAUCAGUGUAGAUAUAUCUCAAACUGGGAUAGGAGUUUGCGCGCUACCAAAACCCCGAUCCCUGAUACGAACCGCCUUCCUUCUCAUUGGCUCAGUUCAAACACACAACUAAAGCCCGAUGGUGGUGAUCGCGAUGUCCUUUCCACAUUGUGGAACUUACGUGAACAUAUGUUAAAGGACACGUUAAACAUUUCAAAUUUGUUUAAUUGAUGUUUAUAACCUCCAGUAUUUGUAUUGUGUUUUCAUAAGUAAACUAUGUUUGACAAAAC